UUGAAAGGCGAGCAUCAGUGACGCUCUGAGGAUUGAACUUAUAACUAUACAAUUAGUCUGCCUGUGGUUUAAUGCGAUGGUGGUUAAAGUGUUGCUUUGUCUGUUUGUGUUAGUGGCGGCGGCCGUGGGAAUCACAGACGAGCAAUACUACUCGAUGCCCAGGAUGUUUGAGCUGGACGACUACGACGAGUGCUUGGGCUCCCGCGGCGCCUUCUGUCUCGGCUCCUUCCAUCUUUCAUCGCAGAAGUACAGCAAACUUCUAGAUAUUAUACAGGAAAUAUCCAAAGACAAGUACAAGUUCAACCACACAGUCAUAAGCCGUGGGUACUGCGUCACCACGACAUGCGCUCACGUUUCUGGAGAGUUCUUACCUGAGGUCUUCGAAGACUGCGUUCAAAAUAUUACGAAGAGCAGGUACAAGCUGGACGCGAGGCUCCUCACCCUGGAGUACUGUCAGACCAGGAACAGCCCCCCACAGACACCUGUCGACGUGUAUGAUAUGAUAUUCGCCUGCGUCGCCGGUCUGAUCCUGAUCGGCAACGCUGUUGGAACUGCAUAUGAUCUACUUCGCAAUCCAGAUGCAAAACCUAACCGUUACCUGAUGAGCUGGUCGCUGAUUGAGAACUGGAAGAGGCUGACGGCGACGUAUGAAAAGGGGGACCCCAGAUACGAGCCUCUCACGCCAGUGCAUGGAUUAAAAGCUAUAACACUUAUUUUAGUGAUGUUAGCACACUCAGUCAUAGCUCACCACAUGACUUACAUACACAAUCCGCGCUUCCUAGAAGAAAAAAAUAUACAUCCGUUGUCAACGGUUCUGCACAACGGCACCUCUGUGGUCCAGACCUUCAUCAUUCUGUCCUCGUUCCUGCUGGGUUACAACGUGCUACACUCGCUGGAGACCGAUCCCAAGAAGAAAGUGAACUUCCGGCUCUGGUUCACCAUGGUAGUUCACAGAAUCGCAAGGAUCCUGCCCUUGAACGUGUUCGUGGUGGGGCUGAGCGCCACGUGGUGGCGCUUCGCCAGCGCGGGACCGCUGUGGGCGCUCGUGCGCGCGGAGAGCGCGCGCUGCCGCCGCAAGUGGUGGGCGCACGCGCUCUUCGUCAACAACCUCGUGGAGCCCGACGACCGCUGCCUCGUGCAGAGCUGGUUUCUGGCAGUUGACAUGCAGCUAUACAUUCUGAUGUCACUGGUUCUGGUGCUGCUGGCGCGGCGGAAGCACGCGGUCAAGAUCUUGGCUGGUCUGUUCGUCGCCACUGUUGUCGCCAACUUCUUCAUCGCCUACUACCUGGACCUGAAGUCUAUACUCUUCAUUGCGUAUCCUGAGUACAUCCGCGCGCAGUACUUUGGCGUGCCGUCGUUCAAGUGGCAGUACGCGGCGGCGUGGGGCAGCGCGCCCGCCGCCGCGCUCGGCCUGCUGCUCGCCGCGCUGCAGCGCCGCGCCGGCCACACGCUGCAGGGGAGCGCCGUACGUCUCAUGUCGUAUACCAGGUACCUCCGCGCGCAGUACGCUCGGCCUGCUGCUCGCCGCGCUGCAGCGCCGCGCCGGCCACACGCUGCAGGGGAGCGCCGUACGUCUCAUGUCGUAUACCAGGUACCUCCGCGCGCAGUACGCUCGGCCUGCUGCUCGCCGCGCUGCAGCGCCGCGCCGGCCACACGCUGCAGGGGAGCGCCGUACGUCUCAUGUCGUAUACCAGGUACCUCCGCGCGCAGUACGCUCGGCCUGCUGCUCGCCGCGCCGCCGGACACGCGCUGCAGGGGAGCGCCGUACGUCUCAUGUCGUAUACCAGGUACCUCCGCGCGCAGUACGCUCGGCCUGCUGCUCGCCGCGCCGCCGGACACGCGCUGCAGGGGAGCGCCGUACGUCUCAUGUCGUAUACCAGGUACCUCCGCGCGCAGUACGCUCGGCCUGCUGCUCGCCGCGCCGCCGGACACGCGCUGCAGGGGAGCGCCGUACGUCUCAUGUCGUAUACCAGGUACCUCCGCGCGCAGUACGCUCGGCCUGCUGCUCGCCGCGCUGCAGCGCCGCGCCGGACACGCGCUGCAGGGGAGCGCCGUACGUCUCAUGUCGUAUACCAGUACGCUCGGCCUGCUGCUCGCCACGCCGCCGGACACGCGCUGCAGGGGAGCGCCGUACGUCUCAUGUCGUAUACCAGGUACCUCCGCGCGCAGUACGCUCGGCCUGCUGCUCGCCGCGCUGCAGCGCCGCGCCGGACACGCGCUGCAGGGGAGCGCCGUAUUCCGCGUGUUCUACUGGCUGUCGGUACCGGCCAACCUGCUGUGGAUCCUGGGCGGCUACUUCAUCCGAGACUCGAACUCCAGGUUCACAGUGGCGCUGUACACUGCGCUGGACCGACCGGUGUUCUGCCUCUUAAUGUCCGUCACUAUGAUCGGGCUAUUCUUUAAAGUCGAUCGUCUGUACCGGCACAUUCUAACAUGGCGCGCGUGGCAGAUCCUCGGCCGGAUGUCUCUCUCCGUGCUGCUGGUGCACUGGAGCUACAACCUCACCAUACUCGCCGUCAAAACCAACCUCGCUCGCGUAUCCGUCUAUGAAAUCGGUGGCCAUCUCUUCGCCUCAAUGUUUAUGACUUACGUCACUUCUCUCCCUCUCUACCUUAUGGUAGAGAUCCCCGCGCAGAAGACUUUACAGAUGCUGUUCUCUCCAUAACUUUAUGAGGAGGGUUAGAGAAACGUGAAUAAGUAUUGAUAAUUGUAAUUUGUAAAUCUGCAAAAAUGUAUAUUUAGUAAUUUCAUUAAUAACAAUAUGAAAUUUUAAAAUACGUUUGACAAGAUGUCAUAUUUUGCAAUCCUGGCGGCGCUCAUGUAAAUAGGAUCAGUUACCGUACAGAUAAUUAACAGCUUACAAAUUCAUAUAACUUGAAGUAUCUAAUACUUGUAACUCGUCACGAAUAUUGGAUAAUUUCACGGAUGUUUAUAGAUAUUUUGACAAUAUCACUUUUUGGCGCAAAUCAAAUAAUUUAAAAAGGCGUCUACAACCACUACCCAUUGACGUAGUAUACUAAGUUAGUAUAUUACGUUCAUGACCACUACCUAAAUUGUUAUUUAUCGAGUUGUCAGGUGAUAAUUCGUUAGAUUUAACGAGCAUGGUAUGUUAACAAAACUGUGGCCAUUUCUUUUUAUUAUUUUUAUAAGUACUUACUUUCUUUUUUAUGAAAACGUAGUAUACUUAAUAAAUGUUUUUCGUCAUAGAUUUGACAAUAUCUGUUCUAACUCAAUCGAAUUGUACAAAACAUGUAAAUAUAAAUAUUAAAGUAAUGAAUAUUUAGUACUUUUAUUAUGGCUUAUAAGCUUAUACAAAACAUAAGCUUCUUGGUAUGAGGUAAAGCCGAGCGAAAAAUAAAUCCAUUGUUAUUCGACAAGUAGCGCCAUCUGUCGGUUAAUAAUGUUAUUAUGGUUAUUUAUUAACAAUUUUAGAUGAAUAAUAGCAAAAAAAUACAUACGUAUAAUAGGCAACACACAAAAUCUGCAAUUAAAAAAAAAAAACGAUGUGGAACUUUUAUACUUUUCACUCAGUUGAAUAUUAAAAAAAAUCGAUAUUAUAAUAUAUUCCAAAUUUGAUUUUGAAAAUUAAUCAUAGACAAAUAAAAUAAUUCUUUUUUUAUUAUUAUAGUAAAUUAUGCAUUUAGUUCUAUUUUAAAAUACAUAACUUAGCAUAGUGCAGGAUUCGAUUUUGUAACCUUCGUGACAAUUUUUAUGCUGUUUUAUUGCCAUACAAAAGUUUCAAAUAAUAUAGUUAGGUUCUGCUUUCGUGUGUCAGACUUCAUAAUAUUAUUGUAACUGUGGGGAAUCAAAAUUACUAGGGUAAGUUAUAAUAAGAGUAGCUUAGAAUGUUAUUCAAUAUGUGAAGGGAUCGACUUUUAAUUACCUGAGGUCCAAGUAGAGGGUAAUUAGUCACUAUUCAUCGUAGUGAAAGGGGAAAUGAUGUGUCAUAUCACUCUAUAUUAUAUUAGGAAACUAAAGUUCUUAUUCAGCUAACUGUUUGCAAAGUUAUAGAUGCUUGCUUAAGAUGGUUAUAGGCUUACGUUUUGCAAUCUACUGUCAUGCGCUAAGUAAAUGAGUACCUAUAAUAUAGAUUAUAGACAUUAAUUAUAUUUUAUCAUAGAUGGAGAAAUAUAAUGAUAAUAAUGUUUUUAAAAUGAUAAACGUACUGUUAAAAAAAAUUUGAUAGAAAAAGUGGUAUUAAACAACGUGGGGAAAAUAUAACCUAACCACUUAAGCAAUUGGAUCUGUUGAUUACUCACACAGAUCGUCAUCAUCACAGGACCCAAAAAAGUUCAUGUAAUUAAUGAUCGACUCCACAGACUGUGAUACCGUAUUGUAUUAAAUAAAAAUUAUGCAAAUU